AUGGGCAUCCUUUUGCCAGCAGUGGAGGCAAUGAAGGGACCGCCGGCUACCACCGCCGCCCAGGCCUUCACUAUCACCGUGCAGGGCCGGGUGUAUGCCGUUGAGGUCUCCGGCUUUGCCUGGUCCAGCGACCUGGUCGUCUAUGGCACCGCCACAUCGGUCGGCGUCAUCAGGAUCACGUUGCCGGAGGACAGCGACACCGGCGAACUGGAACACGCGCUGCUGCACGAGUUCCACCACGACUCGCGCGUCCGCUGCCUGGCCUGGAGCGCUGAGACGAACCUGGCCGAGGUGCCGCAGCGCGUCAAGUUCGCCGCCGCCGGCGCCGACCACCGGAUCCGCGUGUUCGAGCACACGGGCCGGCAGGAUGGCGGCCAGCUGCAGGUGCGCCUUCUUUGCGGCCAUACCGACUACAUCAACGACUUGGCAUUCGGGCCGGACGGCCACACACUGGCCAGCGUCGGCGACGACCUCACAUGCCGCCUGUGGAACGCCUCCGACCUCACGCCGCUGGCCUGCAUCGCCGCCGACGACCCCUGCGUGGGCGUCUGCUGGCACCAGGAGGAGCCGUACCAGCUGCUGGUGGCCGCCACCUCGGGCGUCGUCACCUUCUACAACACAGAGACGCGCGCCACCGUCUCCGCCCUGCACACGGGCCUGCCGGGCCUGGCCGGCGCCGACUGGUCGUCGGCGGACGUGCUGCGGGUGGCAACCGUUCAUGAUAGCAAGCUGAUCACACUCGACUUGUCCCGGCACAGCACGCGCGAGACGGAGCACGACGUUCACAGCGGGGGAGGGCAGAGGGUGAAGUUCUCUCGGACCGCAAAACAGCACGUGGCCACCUGUGGCCUGAAUCAGGUCAAGGUGACACAGCUGGAUGUCAAGCAGGCUGCUCCUCUGACCGCUGAUCUCAUGGCGGUGGGCGGCAUCAGCUGGCACAGUGUGCUGCCGUACCUGGUGGCCGGCGGCGAUCCGGCAGCUGCUGGUGUGGCGCGUCACUGUCAUCUGAGCGGCCGGCCGCCGCCGAGACUGGCUCCGGUGUGCCGCCUGCUCCCGCGACGCCGGAGCAGUCUCCCCGCCGUCACCGCCGCCGCCGCCGUCAUCGCAAUAUCGACCUCACUGACGACGACCCGUCAAUACAGCCUUUUGUAUGAUUGUUUCGUGCGGGCUGAUGUCCGCAUCGUUAUUGCUGGCAGGCGGCGGGUGGGCCGGUGCUCCACGUAUGGUCUCAUCGCCGUCGCUGGUUUUUGCCCGGAUCGGUCGGCUGAUUGCGCAAGGCUUGUUGUCGGGGCGAUGGCCGCUCGGACGCCGGGGACUGCUCGAACCGGAUUCGCAGAACGCUCGCAGAGGCGGUGGCGCAAUAUGGAUCCCGGGUUGCUGGGGCGCACACCGUCGCUCGGACUGCCGCGAGCGGUUCGCCAACUGCUCCUGACUACCGCCGGACACGUGCGGCCGCUCUCAGAACCCGGCGCCGCCGCGAAGCGAUGA